GCAUUUUCUCCUUCUUUUUUUUAGCUUUUAUUUUUGUUGGGUACUGACGUACUGUUUCUUAUGGUUUGCUGGGGUUUUUAUAACAAGUACUCCUUUCCAAGAAGGAAAUCUUUGUUAUGUUGGGUCUGCUUCUUCUGCUUCUAUUCCCUUUAGACUUUAUUGAGUUUAGAUUGCUUUUGCUUUUGAUUGAGCAUAUACCCACCUAAGCCUGAGUUGUUCUUCAAGAAUCUCUACACAAAUUCACUUCAAAACAAUUUAAUGUUGAAGAUGUUUCUGCGACUCGGACAGAUUGGGUUUUCUGAUACAAGCGAAAGCAAUCCAUCCUGGAAGUUCCUCUUCUUGUUUUUCAUAUUCACUGUACUUUGUUUUGGGUCGUGAUGAUGUUUGUGAUUAUUCGGUUGUGAUAGGAUUCCUUAGAUGCAAAUUUGAAGAGGAAAAACCAUCGAAAUAUGGAAGAUGGUGCAUUUACGGGUUCUGCUGUGGAUUUGGAUUUUAUGGAAGAACUCUUUUCUGAAGGAUGCUGGUUGGAGACCACUGAUGCCUUCAACUUCUUGCAGCCGAACUCCUCAACCUCUGGUGCUCCUAGUGACCCGAUGCAGUUUAUGCCUCCUUUGCAAUCAGGCACUAGUCAUUUCAUCCUAAAUCCGAUUCAGCAGGAAGAAACCGGAAAAGGGUUAUCUGAGGAUCCACCUCUGGUUUCUCCACAAAUAGAAGAACUUGUCAAAGCUGACACUCAAAAUCAGAAUAAUGCCAGGACCACCAUCUCUUCAGGUCAAUCUGAAGCUUUCUUGAUUGAUGACACUGAAGUAAACAGAAGAUGGUGGAUAGGGCCAAAUGACUAUCCGGGUCCUUCUUCCUCUGUGAAAGAUAGACUAAUGCAAGUUAUUGGAUACCUGAAAAACUUGACGAAAGAUAGGAACGUCCUUAUUCAGAUAUGGGUGCCUAUAAAGAAAGAAGGCAAGCAUGUCCUCACCACUAAGGACCAGCCUUACUCCCUCGAUCUGAAUUGCAAGGACCUUGAAAGUUAUAGAAGUGUUUCUAAUUCCUAUCAUUUUGCUGCUGAGGUAGAUUCCAAAGACUUAUAUGGGUUGCCUGGCCGAGUAUUUGUAGGGAAGUUGCCUGAAUGGACUCCUGAUGUUCGUUUCUUUAGAAGCGAGGAGUAUCCCCGGGUUUACUAUGCACAACAGUAUAAUGUCUGUGGGUCUCUUGCUCUUCCAGUUUUUGAACGAGGCAGUGGGACUUGCUUGGGUGUUAUUGAAAUCGUGACAACUACCCAAAACAUUGACUAUCGCCCAGAUCUUGAAAGUGUCUGCAAAGCUCUUGAGGCUGUUGAUCUACAGAGCACUCAAGACUUCAGUCAUCCUAGUUCAAAGGCUUGCAAUGAUUUGUACCAAGCUGCUGUUCCGGAGCUAUUAGAAAUUCUUGGAUAUGUCUGUAAAACACACAGAUUGCCAUUAGCUCUAACAUGGGCUCCUUGUAGUGCACACGGUGAAGGCGGAGGUUGGCAUUCUGACGAGAACUAUGCUUAUUGUGUUUCCACUGUGGAUUCUGCUUGCUUUGUUGCUGAUCAAGAGCUUUUAGGAUUCCAUGUGGCUUGCUCUGAACACCAUUUGUUUCGUGGUCGCGGGAUUGUAGGGAGAGCAUUUGCAACAAGAAAACAAUGCUUUGCAACUGAUGUGACUGCAUUUAGGCAGACUGAAUAUCCUCUCUCUCACCAUGCUAAAGUGUUCCAGCUUUGUGCUGCUGUAGCCAUUCCCGUGCAAAGCAUCUAUUCUGCAUCAGCUGAGUUUGUGUUGGAGUUCUUCUUGCCAAAGGAUUGCCAGGACGUGGAAGACCAACAGCGGAUCGUCAGCUCAUUACCCUCUGCUAUACAACAGGCCUGCCAAAGUUUAUGUGUUGUCAUGGAUGAUGAUGUUGAGGUAGUAAACACAUUUCCAAUAAAGGAAAUAGCACUGUUUUCCGAUCAAAAAGUUAAAAAGGAAGAAAAUCAGACGUGUAUAUCAUCUUCUUCAAAAGAACCUUCUAUGGAAGAGUCAUCCUGGAUUUCAUGUAUGAUCGAUGCCCAGCAGAAGGGUAAAAGUGUCUCUGUCUCAUGGGAGUCUCAGAAAGAACCAAAUGAAGGGUUCAAGGUCACAACCUAUUGGGACGACAGUCAUGAGGAGUUGCACCAUAAACAAGCUUUUCCACACCUACAGCAAUUUCCAGAAACUAAAAGGUGUGUCGAAGGUGGUGGAGAUUCUUCUACUGCUGGUGGCCCUGGCAAUCAAGGCAGCAGAAGAGCAGUCGAAAGGAGACGGAGCAAGUCAGAGAAGACAAUCAGCUUGCAAGUUCUUCGACAAUAUUUUUCCGGGACCCUUAAAGAUGCUGCAAAGAGUAUUGGCGUGUGCCCGACUACCCUGAAGAGGAUAUGUAGGCAACAUGGGAUCACCAGAUGGCCUUCUCGAAAGAUAAACAAGGUUGGACAUUCUUUGAGGAAGCUCCAACUAGUCAUUGACUCAGUUCAAGGUGGUAUUCAAAUUGGAUCAUUCUACUCAAGCUUUCCGGAAUUGAACUUUUCUGAGAACCACCCUUGUUCAUCUGUGAAUGCAACUGACCAAUCAAACCCUCCACCUGAAACUGCCGUAAUCGACCCUGGAGCCGCAGUUUCAAACUCGCAUUCCUCUUCAUGCAGUCACAGUUCUGGUUUAAGUUGUUCCACUGGCGCAAAGGAGCUCACUGCUGCUAAGGUCGCCUCAGGUGGUAGAGAUGCAAUAGCAGAAGCUGGAGGAGUUUUGAAGAGAGCUCGCAGUGAUGUAGAGCUAUUUUCCUUGAGCGUAGAGGAACCAAAGCUUCUUGCAAGAUCCCAGAGCCAGAAGACAUUCGGUGAGCAUGCUAUUCUCGAGUCCCUUCCCCCGUCGCCAAAAAGUAGUGGCCAUAACUUUGCUGGUACCUUUAGAGUUAAAGCCACUUUUGGUGAAGAAAGAGUUCGUUUCAGUUUGCAACCAAACUGGAGUUUCAUGGACUUGCGACAAGAGAUUGUAAGACGUUUCAAUUUAGCCGAUGUCGACAGUAUCCGCCUCAAGUAUUUGGAUGAUGAUUCUGAGUGGGUUUUGUUGACAUGCGAUGCUGACCUCGAGGAAUGUAUAGAUAUCUACAGAUUGUCUCAAAGCCGCACAAUCAAAAUCUCCGUUCAUUAUGCUUCUCAACCGAUUCUUGGAAGUUCAUUUCAAAGAACCGUCCCUCCUUGACACCAUGUGCAGUUACUAUCAGGUGUUGUGUUUCGGAUAAAGUUUUUAUUAUAACUUUUGUUGAAUGUUGCAGAGAUAGCAGCAGGUGGAAAUACUUUGAGAUCUGUGAAUGUUACAUCUUCAUUUAUACUUUCAAAAUAAGCUUUUUGAAUGGAUCAACAGCUUUGGAGGGAUUCCAUUGAAAGGUUGAUUUUUUUUUGCUGCUUUAUUCCCUGCA